CAAAGAUGGGUUCAUCGGUGAAAGUGACCUUAAGGCCAUGAUGACAAGGCUGUUGCAAAAGGAGCCUUCGAGCGAGGAGGUGAAUACUGCGAUUUCAGACAUUCAGUCAGCAGAGGCCAACAAGACAAAUUCUGAAGGCUUGAUAACGUUUCAAGACUUCCAAGACUGGUACAACGCAGGAGAAGUCAAGAUCAAGGCUGAGCUGCACUCUUUGUUCAAAAAGCUCAACAUUGCAGACGAUGGCGAGCUUGACCAAGACGGCUAUAACAAGUUUCUUUCAUUCGUGUCGUCUGAUGCAAACGCAACAAAGAAGUUAGCAAAUAUCUCUCCUUUUACGUCCGACUUGGCAAAGGGUGGAAAGAUCAGCUUCGACGACUUCUUUCAGUGGUACAAGAAGCACAACGAGCUCCGACCGCGUGGAACGCAAGGCAGCGACAAAGAGGGUGAAGAGGAAGAAGAGUCGGAAGGAGCUUCCCUGCAGUUUCCUCCAGACCUCUAUGGUCGUGUUAUUUAUCUGGUUCUGUUUCCGAUCAACGUUUUUCUCUACUUCACCAUUCCUGACGUUCGAUGGAAGAAUGGGUGGGAAAAGUAUUUCUACUUUACGUUCCUUAUGUCAAUAGUGUGGAUAGCUAUCUAUGCCUAUUUCAUGGUUUGGUGGGCUGUUGUCAUCGGGGACUUCAUUGGAAUCCCUCAGGCCGUGAUGGGUUUGACGUUUCUAGCGGCGGGAACGAGCGUACCGGACUUGAUAACAAGUGUGAUCGUAGCGAAGCAAGGGCAUGGCGACAUGGCAGUCUCGAGCUCCAUAGGUAGUAACAUCUUCGAUGUCGCCAUGGGCCUGCCCUUCCCUUGGCUUCUUGGUUGCAUCGCAUUCGGACAAGGGAUACCACUCUCAUCAGACGGGACUCUGUUUCUGUCUCUUCUGAUUCUCUUUGCUAUGGUGUUUUUGGUGGUUGUUACCAUCUUGUGGUGCGACUGGAAGAUGACAAAGGGAAUGGGAUACAUCAUGCUUGUGUUGUACGCCUUGUUUGUUGCACAAGACCUGUUGAGACAUUAUCAUGUCUUCCGUGUCAAUCUAUGAAGCAAUCACAUUUGAAAGUCUGCCACCAGAUCUAUUUGCACUCAUGCCACUUUACUUUGUGAAAGAUCGUAUAACGAUUUGUGCAGCCUUGUAAGAAUAACAUGUUUGGAUUGAAUGAAGAAAAGAAUCAUGAG